AUGCACAUCUUCCGUCGAUUUCACGUUGCUAUACCGGCGCUCUUUGGACCAUUCGGGCUGUGGAUCCGACGCGGAAUAUACUACUUCCGACGCAGCCACUGGGUUGCUCCAGGGAUACGCCCAUACCAGCUUUGCCUUUGGCCGGCCGGCGCCUCAUAUUCUCCAGCCGAUUACUUGGACAUCUAUAUGCACGCCCUUCCAAAGUUGAGGACCGUGCCGCGUCUGCGCCUCAAUCAAAUGUAUCACGAAAAAUCGGACUGCCUCGGAUCGCUGACAGUGAUCGAGCAACUCAUUCGAGAGAUUGUUAAGAAAACGCAAUCCAGCGCGCCGCGACAAGUUAUCGAAUUUCGCACUCUGCGCUACCUGGACGAGGUGUCACAGGAGGAUCUUGCCGAAUAUCAACGCGAAAUGGAUAUGUACGUGGUGGAUAGCGUGGGCAGUGCUCGCAGCCGCCUGCCGGGAAGAGGGACGACCGUGUGGGCGACGGGCAUUCGGAUAAUACUCGCGCUCAAUGACCCCGAGGAACACGCUCAACGGCUAAUCGAACAGGUAUCCCUCGAC